UGACAGGAAAGCGCGCGAACCAACAUGGAUGGUGAGUGUAAUUUCCAAAAUUGCUUCAAAUUUUAUGGUAAAAUAUCAUUAUUUUUAUUGCCAGUUUCUUCUCCGUGCUUACGUCAAUAUUUUGUGGAUGUCAAUAUUUUAGUUCCGAUGGUUGAGCAGGCGCUUGCUCGCUACAAAUGCGAUGCAAACACGGCGGUUCGCUUCAAACUUGGUAAGAGAUAAGGACCAAAAACAUAUACCGUAAAAUCCUUUUGUUAAAGCUUCUUCUAGUGUAGUUAUAAUUUACGAUAUUGAGCACAAGACAAUACCACUGUUAAUCAAACAUGAUCACAGCUCAGUGUCCAAUGGCGUUCAAUUACUGAUUACAAUCAGGACGUACCUAAUCGAUAGAAAUCGAUCAUCGAAAAUGUAAAUCGAUUAAUUGAUAAUACUCGAUAGUACUCGAUAUUUGUCGAUUGAUUAGUCAAUUUAAUCGAUUGAAAUUGAUAAUCACAAAUUUUUUUGUCGCAUAAUUUUAUAUGGAAAUGCUGUGCAUCUUCAGGGCCACUAGUUAUUCAGUUGAAGUACUGGCCCGUGUUACCCUCGAUAAAUAAAGUUGAUUAUUAUUAUUAUUAUUAUUAGUUCGAAUGAGUUGUGACUCAUUAUAGCAUAAAACUGAGAACUUUAUGAAAGAGUAUCUUCGUCCAUUUUCUUUUCUAUCAUUGUCGAACAAAUCGAUAAAAUCAAUAGCUUAUUACAGAAAUCGAUCAAAAUCGAUAAUCACAAAGACGCGAGUGAUCGAUUUCUAUCAAUUUCCGAUAGUAAUCAUUUGAUUAGUAUCGAUUAUGAUCAAUUAUGUUCGAUUUCUAUUGAGUAUCAAAAAUAUCGAUUAGAUAUGUCCUGAUCAUUUACUGUCUGGUUUGGGUCAUUCCAAAAAAGCGUAAUAGCCACAGCCCCCUACUGACAAGGUAAGAUAUAACUUGACCCCCAAGAAAAAGAUUGAUAAUGUGCCGACAUUGCCACAUUCGAAUGAGCCCCCUUUCCCCCCAUUUUUUCUCAUGCCUCUCAGAAAUAUUCCGGCAAAGAUCAAGGGUGCCAACACAGCCCACCCUAGUAGUAGAAAUAGCUUUCAAAGCCCCUGUAGAAAAUCUCAUCCAAAGGGAGGAGAUGUGGAUAUUAAAUGGAAAGGCCACCACUUCUAGAUUCUUGGUAUAAUGUGCCUUGUGUUUUUUUUGGUAUUAGAAACAGUGGGACUGUUGUGAAAAGGAGAGACACUUUAUAGUAAACAGAAUAACAGAAAAGAAAUGGCAACAAACGACAGUGGCAGAUCCAUGCCUUUAUAUAAAGGGGGGCCAGGUCUCCAAAAAAAUGUUUUUGGCCCUUCAGGCCUCAGCCUGGUAUAAAAAUAAGGGGGGAGGGUCUUGGAUCUGCUACUGAACGACAUGGAUAUGGGUUGAAACUGUGACAAUGAUAUGGAAAAUCACAAAUACAGUAGUUAAAUACCGACAGAUACAUGUCCUCCUUUUCAAUAUGUGAAACGACUUCUUUUGAAGUUCAGACCAGGGACAUACGUAUCCCCUUAAGAGGGCUUUCUAUAACCAAACAAAUGUUUUUAUUACAGUUCAAUGUGAGAAUGAUGUAUUCGACAAAGGAAAAGAGUUUCAGCCAGCGUUUUCACAUCAGAUAUUUGGAGAAAAGUGAGUGGUCGUUAAUAAACCAAAAUAAGGUUUAGUGGUUUGCUGUCACAAAUGGAGGCAACUUGUUUUCCAUCACUUCAUAAUAGAGAACUUUAGCUUUGAGGACAAGUACGAAUACGAGAUUAAACUUAAAGUUUUUGCACGUGUUCUCCAAGAAAAAAGGGCACCCCAGAAAGCUUCAUUUUACUGUUUUUCUCCUAAAACUUUAGGACAGUUAUUUAUACUAAAGAAGGUUAAACCCUCUCCGGAUACCAAAAUGAUAAAACAUCUUACAUUUACUUGUUCCCACCACUACCAUAUUCUCGCUAGAACAUGUAGUAGUAUGACAGUGACUAUCACGUUCUCCCACCAAAAUGAUGCUUGUUCACGCGUGAACAAUACUCAGUAUUGAGAAAAUCUUGUACUUAAAGUCAUCCUCAUCUCAGAACCUAAAGCUCUCUAAUAGCCCAUUUACAGUUACAGGUGGAAACAAGGCUGGAAUUGACCUUGUUUAUGAUACAACCUUUCCAGCUUUAUUAUGUAGAUCAAUGUGUCUACUAUGUAAAUCAUAUUGUUCUUAUGCUAACUAGUAUUUUUAAGCAUAAUCUUCGUAAUGAAAAGGAAAGAGGUUUGUAUCAAAACAAAGUCAACCUCAGCCUCACAUUCAUUCAAAGGCUAGGAUAUUAAGCCCACAACUCAAAGCCACCUUCAUGUAGAUGUUGUAGUUAAUUUUUUAUCUCAGGUAAUUUUUGUUUUUCUUUUGUGUUUGGUAUGGUAAUGUAUGCUAAUGAAGUUGAAAUGAAAGAAAAAUAAAUUUACCUGAGAUAAAAAAUUAACUACAACAUUGACAUAAAAAAAUAUGUGUUAUAUCACAUUCUUUCUAAUCAUUCUUUAGCCUGAGAAAACAGCCAACUUUUUUGCGAUGGCACCACUGGCAAAUUUUCAUCAACCCAGAAGCACCACCCAGAUCUGGGUAGUGACAUAUCAUCAGGAAGGAAUUUUUGCCCUCAUUCCUGGGAUGUCAUUUUGCAGGGAACCAGUGGUGAAAUCACAAAAUGUUGGGUAUUUUCCUCAGGCUAAUUAUACAUCCACAAAUACCAGAAAAGAUUAUAUUAUUGUCUCCUAAUUUUAUCUUCUUAUGCAGUGAAACCAUCUUUGGAUAUAGCAAUUUGGAAGUACAGGUAUACAAAUUUAACUGAUGUAUGCUGUAGUACAAGGGCGAUUAACUUUCUACGUGUUGCAUGCAGGCAUUGUUUAUUCUCAAAUUUUGCUGAUGAACAGAGAGGACAAAUGUUGUUGAAAUCCAAUUGAAAAUAAUUAUUAUUGAGGCUAAAAGCAAGCAAAAUAAAGAAACCUAAAGUUAAAUUGUAAUUAAUAAUUAUGUCAUUUUUUUCUACUAAAAAUUAUAUAUUUUUUCUAGUUGUACUAUCAUAGUGGCAGCCUGUUGACCUAUAUGGGGAUGAAACACGAUGGGGAAGUGAACAGCAAAAUUGUAAAUGGAGUUGAGGUAAGUGAUAUGAUACUAAAUAUGCACCAGUCUCAUAUCGGUAAACACUGUUAAACCCUGGGAUUCUACAAUCUUGGACAAAAAUGUUAUGAAAAAUGGACGUUACCAUGUCUAGUUUGAAGGUAAAGCUCUUGAAAGCGCUGGCAACCACAAAUACUCCCUCUUCCUCCCAAAAAACAAUAUUUAAGCCCGCAUGGAUUAUUGCUGACCUCGACUAAACAACUUUGACUAGGGUGGGGUGAGGGGAUCGGAUGGGCCAUAGCAGUACCAAAUCUGCAGGAUACGCAUUCUGUAUGUGCAAAAAGAAAAGUGCAAAAUUCUAAGCUCUUUUUGUCCAAGAUUGUAGCAUAAUAUCCUUAACCCUUGAAUCUCAGGGGUGUAUUCAUUGCAUUUUCUUCUGGUACGUUUCUCAGGGAGAACUCCCUUUUAAGAAUCAGGACUGUGCUCUAAUAAACAUAUGGGAGGGAACCUGGCAUAUAAUUUUUUUGAGAAAAAACCAUGAUUUUCUAGUGGCCCAAGAGCGAAAGUAAGGCAACAGGAGCCAACAGUAGCUGUCCCUUUAAUAAAGAACUUUGAAAACACUGGUAAAAGAGGGGUUUGUAAGAGUUUGUGGUCCUACAUUUUGUGGGAAAUUUUUACUUUAGCCUGCUGUAUUGCAUUAUUGUAUUGUAUGCCUGGCAUUAGUAUUUUUAUUAACCUCCCUGGGCUAAAUUGUUAAUCCCCAUCAUUUUCUUUUUGCAGCCUGACCCUGUUCUGAGUGACAUUGCCAAAAAUUACCCUGCAGGUAGGUAAUAAUGAUGAUUAUGAUGAUGAUGACGACAAUGAUGAUGACAAUAGAGAUAUACAUAUAAAAAUAAUUAUGAUCUUCAAGGAAUUGAAUCAGGUGGGAAUAAUAUUGUAACCAUUUUGUUCUCUUUGGGUUAUUUUCAAUUUUUGCCUUAGCCUUCUUUUUGUAUCAUUCUAGGUUGUCUCUCAAACUUAGACGAGUUUAUUGCAAAACUUCCUGAAGAAGCCAAAUUCUCCCCAAUGGGAGAGUUGCUUCAUUCAUACAAGUGCAGUGAUGUUGAGUAUGAAAUCUAUAAGGUAAUAUUUUAUUAUCUUUGGCUGAGCCACCAACCGGUACUUUCUUGUAACUUUUCUUUAAGUAGUGAUAACUCCAUGCAUAUGCUCUUAGCUCUGAAUUUUAGUCAAAUUCCUUUGUAACCCUAACUCAUGCUUGUUAGACCAAUGAACUCAAGCUUAAUUUCCUCCCAUUAAUGCACCUCAUUUGAGUGUCAAUGUAUUUAGUACAAAAGUUCUAAUUGGGGACACUAUUUUUACGUCUCCUACCUGAGACUGGAUGGCCAUUUUUUGUGGUCAUCUGAGCCAUGAAAGGGUCUAGCAGUUUGCAGGGUAAAGACGGUACCUUCAUUUUUCUGUUAUGUUAAGACCCUGAGUAUUGGUCUGGCAUGGGACCCUGAAUUGUCCCUUGUUUCUCUCAAGUAUAUACAAAGUGACCUACACAGGCAAAAAGUUCUACUGUGUGCAUCAUAAUUUUUUUAUAUGAUUAAGAGGAAAUUUAAUCCCCUCAAUUUGUCCUCUUGGGAGAUGAUUUUUUCACCAGAGAUCUAAAUAAGUUAGAGUGAGAACUACUGUCCAGUCUUAGCUUGGUGAUCAUGUAUUCCUCAGGCUGAUGUUACGACACCAAGACUCAAGGAUUAUCAUGAAAGACUCCAGACGUUUUUGUUAUGGUUCGUUGAUGGGUCAUCAUACAUAGGUACAAACAGUAACAAGUACAUCCAAAGUUAAAGAAUAUCAUUAGUUUCCAGUGAUUGUGUUACAAAUAGUUACAUAUGUAUGGUGAGUCCUGAGACUCACCAUAGUCCAGUCUAGUCUUUGGUUCUGGCCUCUAGUCCAGAACCAAUGAGCCCCAGUUAAAAAAAAAACGAGUCUGAAAUUGAAAUGCUUGGGCCUUUAUGUUACCAGACUGUUAAUCUGAAGACAGACUCCAAAAAUCUGUAUUACAGUAUACUGAAAUUAAAAUAUUUAAUGCACGCCAAAGGCUAAAAGAAAUAUGCCUAGUUAAACAACAGCCAUAAUGCAUAGAAAUUACAUGAACGGGCCAGAUAUUUCUACAAACACACAUGUUCAGAUCGAUCAAUUGAUCUUAAGAUGCAUGCCAUGAAAUAUUUUGCAUGUUUGGGGAUUUUUUUGUGUCAGGGAUGCAGGAUGCAGAGGUACGUAACAAAAUCACUGAGUUUCUUGGUGUUGUUGAUGGAUAUGAUUAGCAAAUGAUGUAAUACAAUGAUUGAAAAGACACUGUACAAUACCCAGAACACAGUACAUUCCUAUGUACAAUGCCUUCAGCAACACCAAGAAAUACCCAGUAUGUCCCAUCUCAGUAUUUUGAAUAAUCUGCCUUAGAAACAAGAUCAGGGUUGUAGGUAUAACGCCCUGAUGUACCUUUGUCAAGAUUUUGUUUGCUUAAAACCAGUAUAGUCACUAUUUAUUUUUGUGUUGUCUUAUUUAGAUUCAGACGAUGAAAUGUGGACAUUCUUCCUCUUGUAAGUAAUGAAUUUAAGAUUUUUUGGUGUACUUCCUUCUUUUUUAACAUUAUUUUACAUCUAAAAAACUUUUAAAACAUCUUUCUUAACCGUCGGUGUGUAUAUUCUUUGCAGAUUUGAGAAGAGAAAAGAGGCCGGCAAUGUCUAUUACAGUAUUGUGGGCUAUUCGACAGUCUACCAGUAUUAUGCGUACCCUGAUAAGAUAAGGCCUCGUAUAAGGUAGAUUUUUAUCCUUCUUUUUGUACUCCUCAAGUCUUAGUUAUAAGUUGUUUUAAGUUGGUAGACAAAAUUUGAUCAAGGCUGCUUCCAGGGCUGUCAUUUAGAGGCGGGGGCUGGGGAUUUCCACCAGUUACUAUGUUCUUGGCCCUGAGCUUCUUUCUUAGGAAAAUAGAAGAACAAUAGAACCAAAAGAAACCUCUUGCUGUUUGAUUCCCCUCCUACUUGUUGUAUUUACCCGGCAACUUGAAAUCUUAGUGACAUCUUUGUGCAACUAAGGGGCGUGGCCAGGGGACGGGGAUUUUCCCAGGCUACUACAAGUAUGACCAUUAGCAACUUUCACUGGAAAAAAAGGAAAAUUGAACCAAAAGAACAUCUUAGCUUUUCAAUAUUCCUUAGCUACUAUUAAUAUUAUUUACCCAGCGCAUUUUAAGACAGAAUCCACCAGGAAAUUGAGUGUUUUAAUAAUAUUAGUGGACAAAAACCUUGUGUCAGAAUAAUUUCAAAGAAUAUUGCAUUCUUUUUUACAUUUUCCAAGGCCUAAAGAUAUAAUUAGUCAUCUGUAAUAACACCAAAGAGAAUUUCCCAUGGGAGUCCGAGAAAAUGAAUGUCAAAUUUCACAAGAAUUGUGAAAACACACUAGGUAAAAUUCUGAAAAUUUCAAGUGUAAGAUGUAAUUGUGUGAAAUUUGACUUUCAUUUUCUCGUGCUCCCAUCAGAAAUAUACUUUGGUGUUACUACAGAUGACUAAUUACAUCUUUAGCCCUUCAAAAAUGUAAAAAAGUAUGCAAUAUUCUUUAAAUUAUUCUUGUACAAGGUUUUUGUCCACUGAAAAUUAAAAUUACUCAAUUUCCUGGUGGAUUCCUUGUUCAAAUCUGAGUAACAACUCUACUUGACACUUUGACUUUGUAGUCUAUGUGUAUGCAAUUAGGAAUAUAGUUGACAUUUAUUGAAGACACAAAAUUUCCCCUGAAAAUAGAGAUUUGAUUAUUUUUUGCUCUUUGUUUUCUUUACAGUCAGAUGCUUAUUCUUCCUCCUUUUCAGAGACAAGGACAUGGAGGUAAACCAUUUAACUACAAAUUAAACUGUUCAUUUGUUACAAACUGGCAUCAAUAAUAGAGUCGAACCUCUUGUAAGCGGUCACCUAAAAUGUGAAGAGUUAGUGGUUGCUUACAGAAAGUGCUUACUUGCCAGAGUUGAACUGCAGGAAAUCUUUAACAAGGAGAAGUCCAGAUGCAUCUACUUUUUGUAGAGAAUGUAUUGCAUGCAAUUUUUAGGUUACAAUAACAUGAACCCAUGUUGUUUCUUAAAGUUUCCUCAUACUCUGAGUAACCAUAAUACAUACCCAGGAGGGGUACUUCGGAUUUCAAGCGACAGGGAUGAUCGAAAAGGGACAAAAAUCAAAAUGCCAAAAAAUCCCUAGGGGCUUCCGACAAAACCUCCAAAAAUCCAUAGACCAAAAAUUAACCCCCCAAAAAUCCCAUGCUGAGUUUCCAAGCCUUAGACGGAAUGUAAUGCAUUAAAUAUUAAAACAGCUGCAAAAAUCCCCCAAAAGUUCCUAUACUUAAAUCAAGCCACCCAAAAAUACUUGCCAAAUUUUCUUGCCCCAAAAAAAUCCCAGAAUCGAAAAUUUCAAACCCAAAAAAAUCCUUCAAUUCCGGAGAAGCCCCCUAGGAAUACAUACAACAAAUACAUCUAAAGCAGUCAUCAUAAAAUGCAGUUGCAGUCACUCCCAAGAGGGGGUCAUUUAUGAGAGGUUCCAAUAUUAUAAGGCUAUGACUGGGAAAAUUUUGGGUUUUGGAUAAACAGUCGCUUAUGGGAGGCUGUUGCUAACAAGAGGUUAUUGCACAUGGAGGUUCGACUUUAUUUUGAGACAGUUAUGGUUUGCUAUUAUCUUGUCAGUUCAGUUGCUCCAAACCGUUGAUAAAUUCUAUGUCAAGAAUCUGCGGGUGCUAGACAUAACAGGUAUGUAUGAUUAUUUUUGAAGUCAUGACUGUGCCAUUGUACUGUAAAAUGAUAGGAUCAGGGUUCUUCAGAAGCUCUGGUGAUUGGUAGAAAUUGCCUUGUAGUCACUACAGAAGCAUUGCCUACUCUCAAAAAAUAAUUUUAGUGGCAUAAGAAAUUGUUGCCUUAAUUGUUUGUUUGUCAAUGCUUUUGUACAAUAAAAAAAAAUUUAAAAUGAACCAAAUGUGGCUGAAUAAAGGUACUAACUCAGACUGCUCAACCAUCCCAAUCUCAUGGGGAUAGGAAAAAUCCUGAUUUUGAAAUCUGUUCUGAUAUUUUCAAAUGAAUUCUUACGAUAUUUAUACAAGAACGCAAAAAUUUAAUAUAAAAUAAAAUUGAGUACUUGCACAAGAAGCCACACAAAUAAAAAUAAGCAUAAAAAUGACAAUCGAUUUAGUGAAUGUUCUAGACAUUAAGUGUCCUUUUAGAAUGCUAAAAAUGGCAUUUCAGAGCAUCAAGAUUUCAAAAUUAUCUGGGGAGGCAGGCCCUCACCCCCUAGCGGCUCAUGCCCCUUUGGCUCUCGCAUCAUUUAUCAAUGAUUGAAAAACAUCCCGAUUAAUUUUACAUACGGUACUCAAAAGGUUGAACAGUCUGCUAUCUUCAUGGCUAAAUUUCUCUCCCUGGCCACUCAAAAUGCACUUUAAGCCCACCUUCUCCCUCUCCCCAAAGGCCUCUGGAAAGAUCUCCCCCAAUUGGAAGGUGGGAAACCCUCUCUCAUAACUUGCUUGAAUGCUUAUCCCAUAUAAGACUGUGACAUGAUAACUCACCCUCUUCGGUGUCUUCCCAAGGUGGUGUAACCUGAGAUCAGGCUCAAUUUUCGUUUCGCUUUGUAAUAACAUUCCGGCAGGCAAGGCAAAACGAAAAGCCGUUAGAGAGAAUGUAUGAGAACCGCUAAAAUUGGGCCUGAUCUAAGGUUAUAGGUGGUGUGGUUUUGCUUAUGGCCCUUGACGGCAACUCUGUGUACAGCUGAAUCCCACUUUAUGGACACAGCUUUGUCCCUGGGGAAAGAAAGCCUUUAUAUUUUCUCAAAGUCACUUUUUAUGGACCCAUCAGUGUCUGUAUCAACAGGGUUUGACCGCAUCAUUAUUUCCAGUAUUUGACUGGCACUCUGACCACUUAAUUCUCUACUUUCUGUCAGGUUAGAUCCAAACUCAUACAUAGAACAUGGCAGAUUCACAAAGUUCAAAAACUAUUCUCCAUCUUUUUCUUAGUGGAGGAGCCUUCGUCUGACUUCUUGAAGUUGCGGGAUUAUGUAGAUGCCUUAGAUUGCAGGAACCUGUCAGCAUUUUCACCGGAAAACUUACGAAGUGGCUUCAGUGAUAAAAUGGUGCGGCAAGCAAGAGAAGAGCUCAAGAUCAACAAGGUAAAGAAUGAUGUUGAAACCAAGGUUCAGGGGCGUAGCCAGGAUUUUUCAAAGGGGGGGUCACAGACAGGGACACCAUUGGGGAAUCGCCGACUAUAUAUGGUUUAUACUGCUGCUCUCCCUCGUGUAUCAGUGGGCUCAGUCGUAUAAUCGCGGCAUGAAGAGCCACAUUAACUAAAGACAAAAGCCGUUGACGAAAAUACUUUACAAAAAAACAAAUUUCAACAAUGGCUUUUAUGGCCAAGAUAUUGUCAUGGCGUUUUCGCCAGCUGAAUAUUGUAGCUUGUUUGCUCAAAAGAAGGCUCACCAAGGAGGGGUCACGGGCACCCCAGGACCCCCCUAGCUACGCCCCUGAGGUUGUAAUAUUAUUGAAAUGUCGUGGCCUCAUUUUCUUUUAUUUGCACAAUUCACAUUUUACCAUCUCCUUCAGUUACAGAUUCCAAAUACUUAAUUUUAUAUAAUGUUGAAAUAUUACCUUGUAGCUUCAGUGCAGGAGAGUGUAUGAAAUUCUACGUCUCCGUGUGACAGAUCUUAGUAACGCUGAAGAAUACAAGGCCUACAGGCUUGAAGUGAAAAACAGACUCAACAUUCCAUUCCAGGUAUGUAAAUGUGUAAGUUUUGUAUGUCUGAGGUGAAUGGGCGGGAAACAAGUUGUCACCCACUCCAUUUUUCCCUGCUCCCACCCAUUGUCUCCCUCAAUUUCCUUCAUUUUCCCUCUUUUGUUGAGUGCUCAAGUUUGCCCUUUGGGAAUAACAAUCCUAUUGGCUCAAUACAGUUCUUAGAUGGAUUAUUCCAAUGUCAAUGCCAAUUGCACCCCACUGGAGAUCUGUUAUUCUUUUGGGCCACGUGUAGUAAGGUACAACAAUAUUGUUAUUCAUUUUCAGAAAGAGAAAGCUGAUAUGGAGAAAUUAAAACGUUUGUUGAAGCCUGAGGAACUGACUGCCACUCAGCAGACACAGCAAGAACGAAUGCAGUACCUGGAUCAAGUCUAUCAAGAGCUGGAAGCACAUUACAAGAAGACCAUAGAGAAAAUGGCUGCUUCUUAAAGGCCAUCAAUUGACUCUUGAUUUGAGUUAGUUUUGUGGUGUCAAUGAUUAAACUCUGAAGUCUGUUGUUGUUAGAAACUAACAGAAAAAUUGUGAAGAACACCAUAAAAGGAAGUACUGCUCAGCGCAUUAGGCUUCAUAAGGACACAAAGACCCUUUGACUUGUCUUUUUGUACUUAAAUAGCAGCCUGCCCUUUAAGAUAACAGAAGCAAAAGAUCUCAGCA